CCGUUCGCCGCAGGGAAGCAGUAGUUGGUAGACAUGGACUUUUUCUGACGCCGAAUUGUCUCUCUAAUGGGGAUAAAAUGGUUCUUCCAUUCGAACGGCAGCCUCUCUUACACAAGAGAUACGCUUCUCUCUCUUCUCCAGAGCUCACACGGUUCUCUCAAGGCGAAAGCGGCGAUGCGUCGAGAGGAGACGAGUAUGCGAAUUUUCUCAAGUCAUUAGCAAAUGGAGAACGGCAAGAUGUUGGGGUGUCAAGACCUAAGCCAAUUGCUGGAAAGCAAGGCCGAUCAUCGCCAACAACAAAAGACCCAAAGCAGACUAAAUAUAGGUUGUCACCAAACAGAAGUGAUGGUCUGCUUCAUGUAACAUUAACUGCAAAACAAAAUAUACAGGAACACCAGAAAAAGAUGAGAGUUAUUGAGGAUCAUAUGCUGCAACAUAAACAAGAGGAAAGAGAACUGAAACGUUAUGAAGGAGAUAUCAUUAAGAAACAACAUCAUCUCAGAAGAACCAUGGCAGAAUAUGAAAACAGUAUUUACAAAAAAGUGAGAGGUGAAGAAAGUAAGCUUAGUGAGAACAAUCAGGGCGUGGAAAGAGUUAAACAGCAACAUGCCAUACAGGAGGACAAAGUCAACAAGGCAAGAACUGAGAGGAACAUGUCUGCUAUUGUGAAAUUUAAAGACAAAGAUAGGAAGGAAGGAUUAAACCUGGGUGAAGUGGAGUUUCAGUACAGUAAAACAGCCAAGCAACUAGAGCUGACUCGUACAGAAAUCUUUUCACUAACUCAGCAGUUUGAAGAGAAUCUGAAAAGAAUAGAGGAAAGGGGAUUUGAAUUGAAAAAGAGUUUGGCUGAGCUUGCCAUUGCAGCAAACAAGAUGGCGCUGAAAAAGAGAACACAACAAACGGAUGAUGACAGAUAUGUAAAGGACACAAGCAUCAAAGAUAUUCAGGAUGACAGACGACGUAAACAAAGCUUGACAGAAAAACUCAAAGGUAUAGAAAACCAAGGACUUAAACAUGAAUACGGCAAGCGGCGUUUGAGCAGGGACUUGAUGGUCUCCAAAGACAUGUUGUCCUUAAAAUCAAGGGAAGAGGGUAGAAAGAUGACCGAUAUUAAUCGUAGGCUUCAACACAAUUCCGUCAGCCAAAAGCAAGCUAAGCAAGCGGCAGAAUAUCUGGAACUUGAUCGACAAGGAAAAGAGAUUGAGGAACGAGGCCAGUUUGCCGAGGCUCGCAGAAGCCACCAGAUUGAGCAGCUGACAAGGGACAGAAGACAGCAACACUCGCAGCAGAUGACUGAGUGGAAGAAACGUUACUUAGAAAAACAGAACGAGGCCACUCGGCGUGCCCAUGAAGACAGCGUCAAACAUCUACAGAAAAUUGUGAACAAGAUGGAGGAAACAGAGCAUGCUCUGUACAAUCGAGUACGUGCCGCUGAAAUGCAACGCCGAAAACAAGAACAGGACGUACAAAGAAUCUUUGUCGAAUUGGAGCAACUGUCCAAAGAAAACCAGAAGAAAAUGAGGGAAACCCAGGAACAGUUUGGCCGAAAGAAAGUUGAGUUGGAACAGAAGCUCUUACGAGAGAAAGCUGAACUAGCAAAGGCCCACAAUCAGCGGGAAGAAAGCAUCCAAAGGUUACUACACCACAGAGCGAAGAUGAACGGCGACAAAUACUUACUGUCUGAGGAAGAAAGGGAGCAUGAUCGUCUCGCCAAGAUCGGGCAAAGAACAGACAAUUUGGAGCAGGAAGUUCAUUCAUGAAUACCACCAGUAGUCUCUGCCGAGCCUACGCAGCAGAAGCUCGCCAAGUGCGCGAGUUACACGUGAGCGAAAGAGAAGCACUCGUCGUGUACGCCAUAACCUCUUUCCCGCGCGUGUCGCUCCAAAUAGCUUGCGCAAGGUUGAGUCGAGUGUCUGCCACGUAGGCUAAGGUAGCGUUAGACUGAUUAGCGUGAUGUGUUGCUUUAAUGCGCAUUUGAUGUUAAUUUGUAGGUACUAGUUUUUAAUACAUGUAUGAGUGAUUUUGAAGAUACGCUGAAGGUAUUCCUCGCAAUCGGGUGGGCUAUGUUAGUUUCCUUCCCUUUAUAAGUAUCGCUCGAUACGCUCUAACGGCAGACCCUUAUUUUCCUAUCUAACAAUACAUUAACGUUUUAUUUUGUUCCAGUUUAUUUCAGUAUUUGUUUUUGCUUAUUUGUAUAAAAUUUUUUGCUUAUUUUUUUUUAGUCAAAGGUUUCCUAAAACUCGUCUUAUAUACAACAGAAGGUUGGCAAUAUUGACUGUAUCAGGAAGCUAGAGAGGCAGUUGCUAGGUUAGUUCAGUUUAAGCGAGGGAAGAUAAAGUUCUAAGUUACACUCAGAGGUAGGUAUAUCAGGUAUAACUUGUAAAAUCUUUUUGUGAGCUCAAGGCAAUGUUCCUGAACAUUCUCAAAACAACUAUAUAUCGUAUUCAUAAAAUGAUUGGUAUCACGUUCUUAUUACAGCAAGGCUUCACUUGACAAUUUUCCACGUAAAAAACUUCGCUCUCGGCUUAUAAGAUGUGAAUGCACGCUGCAUGUUUCAACUUCACGUGAGUUCUGUCUCUGGUAAUCAUGUCAGGGCUAGGAGUCUUGAGAGAAGUGUUGGUUGACUUAAGUUGAAUUAUUUUUGAAUUCACAACAUAUUAUGGAAGAAACUGCAUUAUUUUUCUUAUCUUUUGAAAAGUAAAAAGUUUCUAACUUCUUUA